AUAUUUUUUGUAUAUUUGCAUUUUAACAAGAUGGCAGGUGAUGAGGACAAGGUGGGCGGAGGGGAGGCGAUUAUUGAUCGAAAACUGACUAAACGGAACCAAACAGAUCUCAAGCUGGACGGAGAAAACAAAAUUGAAAAGAAUAUCUCUAGAAUAGAAAAUAAAAUCAGGAGGAAUGCAGCUUGGUUGAACCUGAAACGUGAGAAGAAGAAGGAGAAGAGGAAGAGGCAGGAUGAGAGGAAGAAGGAACGGGAGGAGCUGGGGGAGGAUGCGCCCCCCAAGCUGGUUCCCAAGACUAUUGACUCUAUGCGGGAGUACGAUGAAACCACCGUGGGAGGGAAAACUGGGGAGGAGGAAGAUGAAGAGAUUGAGCACGAUAUCAUCAACGACGAGUUCAGCGAGUACUUCGCGAAGAGCUACGAGCCCAAGGUCCUCGUUACUUCCUGUGAUAAUCCGCAUUCAAGAACAAUCUCAUUCAUCAAGUUAUUAUAAACGAGGAUAACAGAAGUCCCAACGGUCUUGUGGUCACACAUCUUCCUGAAGGUCCAACAGCUUACUUCAAGCUCAGUAAUGUGAAGAUCACGAAGGAUCUGCAUAAGAACUACAGAGCCAUUACUGCACACAGACCUGAAGUUAUUCUGAACAAUUUCACCACCAGGCUCGGUCACGGGGUCGCCAGAAUGCUUGCCUCCCUGUUUCACUAUGAUCCUCAGUUUACUGGUAAAAGAGUUGCAACUUUCCACAAUCAACGAGACUACAUCUUCUUCAGGCACCAUAAGUAUGAUAUCAAGAGUCAGGAGAAGGUUCGUCUAAAGGAACUUGGACCCAGAUUCACUCUUAAACUUAGAUCUCUGCAGAAGGGCACCUUCGACAGCAAGGAGGGUGACUACGAAUGGAUCAUCACCGACAAGCGUCACGAGAUGGAGACGAGUCGAAAAAAAUUCUUUCUUUAAUUUCAGAAAA